GAUGGCCCCUGAGCCAGCUACAGGGAAGACGAUGGUGCCCCUUGUGCCUGCGCUCGUGAUGCUUGGCUUGGUGGCAGGCACCCAUGGCGACAGCAAACCUGCCUUCAUUAAGGUCCCUGAGGACCAGACUGGGCUGUCAGGAGGUGUGGCUUCCUUUGUGUGCCAGGCUACAGGGGAACCCAAGCCACGUAUCACAUGGAUGAAGAAGGGGAAGAAAGUCAGCUCCCAGCGCUUUGAGGUAAUCGAGUUUGACGAUGGAGCAGGAUCAGUGCUGCGGAUCCAGCCAUUGCGGGUACAGCGAGAUGAAGCCAUAUAUGAGUGCACGGCCACCAACAGCCUGGGAGAGAUCAACACCAGUGCCAAGCUCUCCGUGCUUGAAGAGGAGCAGCUGCCCCCUGGUUUCCCCUCCAUCGACAUGGGGCCUCAGUUGAAGGUGGUAGAGAAGGCGCGCACGGCCACCAUGCUGUGUGCGGCAGGCGGAAACCCAGACCCGGAGAUCUCUUGGUUCAAGGACUUCCUCCCGGUGGACCCCACCACCAGCAACGGGCGCAUCAAACAACUGCGUUCAGGUGCCUUGCAGAUUGAGAGCAGCGAGGAAUCGGACCAAGGCAAGUACGAGUGUGUGGCAACCAAUUCUGCAGGCACACGCUACUCAGCUCCCGCGAACCUGUAUGUGCGAGUGCGCCGUGUGGCUCCUCGUUUCUCCAUCCCUCCCAGCAGCCAGGAGGUGAUGCCCGGUGGCAGCGUAAACCUAACAUGUGUCGCUGUGGGCGCUCCCAUGCCCUACGUGAAGUGGAUGUUGGGUGCUGAGGAGCUCACCAAGGAGGAUGAGAUGCCAGUUGGUCGCAACGUGCUGGAGCUCAGCAACGUCGUACGCUCUGCCAACUACACCUGCGUGGCCAUCUCCUCGCUGGGCAUGAUCGAGGCCACGGCUCAGGUCACCGUGAAAGCUCUGCCUAAGCCUCCAAUAGACCUUGUGGUGACAGAGACAACCGCCACCAGCGUCACCCUGACCUGGGACUCUGGAAAUUCGGAGCCUGUAUCCUACUAUGGUAUCCAGUACCGUGCAGUGGGCACAGAGGGCCCCUUCCAGGAGGUGGAUGGUGUGGCCACCACUCGCUACAGCAUCGGCGGCCUCAGCCCUUUCUCGGAGUAUGCCUUCCGUGUGCUGGCGGUGAACAGCAUUGGACGAGGGCCACCCAGUGAGGCCGUGCGAGCCCGCACGGGUGAGCAGGCUCCCUCCAGCCCACCUCGCCGCGUCCAGGCGCGCAUGCUGAGUGCCAGCACCAUGCUGGUGCAGUGGGAGCCGCCCGAGGAGCCCAACGGCUUGGUGCGGGGGUACCGUGUCUACUACACCCCAGACUCUCGACGCCCCCUCAGCGCCUGGCACAAACACAACACAGAUGCAGGACUCCUCACCACGGUGGGCAGCCUGCUGCCUGGAAUCACCUAUAGCCUGCGCGUGCUCGCCUUCACAGCCGUGGGUGACGGCCCACCCAGCCCCACCAUCCAAGUCAAGACACAGCAGGGAGUGCCAGCCCAGCCCGCAGACUUCCAGGCUGAGGCGGAGUCAGACACCAGAAUCCACCUCUCGUGGCUGCUGCCUCCCCAGGAGCGGAUCAUCAAGUACGAGCUGGUGUACUGGGCAGCAGAGGACGAAGACCAGCAGCUCAAGGUGACUUUCGACCCGACCUCCUCCUACACUCUAGAGGACCUGAAGCCCAACACACUGUACCACUUCCAGCUGGCUGCUCGCUCUGAUCUGGGGGUGGGCGUCUUCACCCCUACCAUUGAAGCCCGCACAGCGCAGUCCACCCCCUCCGCCCCUCCCCAGAAGGUGACCUGUGUGAGCAUGGGCUCCACCACUGUCCGGGUAAGUUGGGUCCCACCGCCAGCUGACAGCCGCAACGGCGUUAUCACCCAGUACUCCGUGGCCUACGAGGCGGUGGACGGCGAGGACCAUGGGCGGCAUGUGGUGGAUGGCAUCAGCCGCGAGCACUCCAGCUGGGACCUGGUGGGCCUGGAGAAGUGGACGGAGUACCGGGUGUGGGUGCGGGCACACACAGACGUGGGCCCCGGCCCCGAGAGCAGCCCGGUGCUGGUGCGCACCGACGAGGACGUGCCCAGUGGGCCACCAAGAAAAGUGGAGGUGGAACCAGUGAAUUCCACUGCUGUGCGUGUCUCCUGGAAGCUGCCCGUCCCCAGCAAGCAGCACGGCCAGAUCCGUGGCUACCAGGUCACCUAUGUGAGACUGGAGAAUGGCGAGCCCCGAGGGACACCUGUCAUCCAAGACGUCAUGCUGGCUGAGGCCCAGUGGCGGCCAGAGGAGUCCGAGGACUAUGAAACCACCAUCAGCAGCCUGACCCCAGAGACAACUUACUCCAUUACUGUAGCAGCAUACACCACUAAGGGGGAUGGUGCCCGAAGCAAACCCAAAAUUGUUACAACAACGGGAGCAGUCCCAGGCCGGCCCACCAUGAUGGUCAGCACUACAGCCAUGAACACUGCACUACUCCAGUGGCAUCCCCCCAAAGAGCUGCCUGGUGAGCUGCUGGGCUACCGGCUGCAGUACCGCCGGGCAGACGAGGCCCGGCCCACCACCAUAGAUUUUGGCAAAGAUGACCAGCACUUUACUGUCACCAACCUGCACAAGGGUGCCACCUACAUCUUCCAACUGGCUGCCAAGAACCGGGCUGGCCUAGGCGAGGAGUUCGAGAAGGAGAUCAUGACCCCUGAGGAUAUGCCCAGUGGCUUUCCGCAGAACCUGCAUGUGAUAGAGCUGACCACAUCAACCACGGACCUGGCCUGGGACCCACCAGUGCUGGCGGAAAGGAACGGGCGCAUCACCAACUACACUGUGGUGUACCGCGACAUCAACAGCCAGCAGGAGCUGCAGAAUGUUACUGCGGACACCCACGUCACACUCUCCGGCCUCAAGCCGGACACUACUUACGAUGUCAAGGUCCGUGCGCAUACCAGUAAAGGCGCGGGCCCGCUCAGCCCCAGUAUCCAGUCCAGGACCAUGCCUGUGGAGCAAGUGUUUGCCAAGAACUUCCACGUGGCAGCUGCAAUGAAGACGUCUGUGCUGCUCAGCUGGGAGAUCCCUGACUCCUACAAGUCUGCUGUACCCUUCAAGAUUCUUUACAAUGGGCAGAGUGUGGAGGUGGACGGACACUUGAUGCGGAAGCUGAUUGCAGACUUGCAGCCGAACACCGAGUACUCGUUUGUACUAAUGAACCGUGGCAGCAGCGCGGGGGGCCUGCAGCACCUCGUGUCCAUCCGUACAGCCCCCGACCUCCUGCCACACAAGCCGCUACUCGCCUCUGCCUACAUAGAGGACGGCCGCUUCACCCUCUCCAUGCCCGUCGUGCAGGAGCCCACGCUCAUCAGGUGGUUUUACAUCGUGGUGGUGCCCAUUGACCGUGUGGGCGGGAGCAUGCUGGCGCCGAGGUGGAAUACACCCGAGGAGCUGGAGCUGGACGAGCUUCUAGAGGCCAUGGAACAGGGAGUUGGGGAGCGGCGGCAGUCAGAGCGACUGAAGCCGUACGUGGCUGCCCAGGUGGACAUACUGCCUGAGACCUUCACUCUGGGGGACAAGAACAAUUACCAGGGCUUCUACAACCGACCCCUGUCUCCACACCUGAGCUACCAGUGCUUUGUGCUUGCCUCCUUGAAAGAACCCGUGGACCAGAAGCGCUAUGCCUCCAGCCCUUACUCGGAUGAGAUCGUGGUCCAGGUUACACCAGCCCAGCAGCAGGAGGAGCCUGAGAUGCUGUGGGUGACAGGCCCAGUCCUGGCGGUCAUCCUCAUCAUCCUCAUAGUCAUUGCCAUCCUCCUGUUCAAAAGGAAAAGGACCCAUUCCCCAUCAUCAAAGGACGAGCAGUCAAUUGGGCUAAAAGACUCCUUGCUGGCCCACUCCUCCGACCCCGUGGAGAUGAGGAGGCUCAACUACCAAACCCCAGGUAUGCGAGACCACCCUCCUAUCCCUGUCACCGACCUGGCAGAUAAUAUUGAGCGCCUCAAAGCUAACGACGGCCUUAAGUUCUCCCAGGAGUAUGAGUCCAUUGACCCUGGACAGCAGUUCACGUGGGAGAAUUCCAACCUGGAGGUGAACAAGCCCAAGAACCGCUACGCAAAUGUCAUUGCCUAUGACCACUCCCGAGUCAUCCUCACCUCCAUCGAUGGCGUUCCUGGGAGUGACUACAUCAAUGCCAACUACAUUGAUGGCUACCGCAAACAGAAUGCCUACAUUGCCACGCAGGGACCUCUGCCAGAGACCAUGGGCGACUUCUGGCGGAUGGUGUGGGAACAGCGCACAGCCACUGUGGUCAUGAUGACUCGGCUAGAGGAGAAGUCCCGGGUGAAAUGUGAUCAGUACUGGCCAGUUCGUGGCACUGAGACCUAUGGUCUCAUUCAAGUAACCCUGCUAGACACAGUGGAGUUGGCCACCUAUACUGUGCGCACCUUCGCACUUCACAAGAGCGGCUCCAGUGAAAAGCGAGAGCUGCGUCAGUUCCAGUUCAUGGCCUGGCCAGACCACGGGGUCCCCGAGUACCCGACUCCCAUCUUGGCCUUCCUGCGCCGAGUCAAGGCCUGCAACCCACUAGAUGCAGGGCCCAUGGUGGUGCACUGCAGCGCGGGCGUGGGCCGCACAGGCUGCUUCAUUGUUAUCGAUGCCAUGCUGGAGCGGAUGAAGCACGAGAAGACGGUCGACAUCUACGGCCAUGUGACGUGCAUGAGAUCACAGCGGAACUACAUGGUGCAGACAGAGGACCAGUACGUGUUCAUCCAUGAGGCACUGCUGGAAGCCGCCACGUGUGGGCACACAGAGGUGCCUGCCCGCAAUCUCUACGCCCACAUCCAGAAGCUGGGCCAAGUGCCUCCUGGGGAGAGUGUCACCGCCAUGGAGCUCGAGUUCAAGUUGCUGGCCAGCUCCAAGGCCCACACAUCCCGCUUCAUCAGUGCCAACCUGCCCUGCAACAAGUUCAAAAACCGCCUGGUGAACAUCAUGCCGUAUGAGCUAACCCGGGUGUGUCUGCAGCCCAUCCGGGGCGUGGAGGGCUCUGAUUACAUCAAUGCCAGCUUCCUGGAUGGCUAUAGACAGCAGAAAGCCUACAUAGCCACUCAGGGACCUCUGGCCGAGAGCACCGAGGACUUCUGGCGCAUGCUGUGGGAGCACAACUCCACCAUCAUCGUCAUGCUGACCAAGCUUCGGGAGAUGGGCAGGGAAAAGUGCCACCAGUACUGGCCAGCUGAGCGCUCUGCUCGAUACCAGUACUUUGUUGUUGACCCAAUGGCUGAGUACAAUAUGCCCCAGUAUAUUCUGCGUGAGUUCAAGGUCACAGACGCACGGGAUGGGCAGUCCAGGACUAUCCGGCAGUUCCAGUUUACAGACUGGCCAGAGCAGGGUGUGCCAAAGACAGGCGAGGGCUUCAUUGACUUCAUUGGACAGGUGCACAAGACCAAGGAACAGUUUGGGCAGGAUGGGCCCAUCACGGUGCACUGCAGUGCCGGCGUGGGCCGCACUGGUGUGUUCAUCACUCUGAGCAUCGUCCUGGAGCGAAUGCGCUAUGAGGGCGUGGUCGACAUGUUCCAGACCGUGAAGACCCUGCGCACGCAGCGUCCCGCCAUGGUGCAGACAGAGGACCAGUACCAGCUGUGCUACCGUGCAGCCCUGGAGUACCUCGGCAGCUUUGACCACUAUGCAACGUAACUACCGCCCCCCUCUCCUCCGCUGCCCUCACAUUGGGGCUCCGGAGGGGACCAGCUCCUCUGAGCCAUACCGACCAUCGUCCAGCCCUCCUGCACGGAUGCUGUUGCUGGCAGAGCAUAGCCCACCGGGAUCACAGCGUUUCAGGAACAUUGCCACACCAGACAGAGAGCCUAGAACACUGGGCAGUUGGAUGCAGGCCGGCAGGCAGGUGCCACGUCUGCCUCCAUCCACCAGAUACAGCCGGAGCCCGCUUCAAGCUCUCUAUUCCGCUGCCGCGUUUCUCAUGCUUCUUCUCAUGGGGUGGGAUUGGGGGCAAAGCCCCCUUUUUUAUACAGUAAGUGGGAUAGAUCGAGGGAACUCUAGCCUCUACCUUUUGCAAAUCCUGAACUGCAAAACGGGCCACUGUGGGGUUGGGGUUUUUUUGUUGUUGUUGGUUUUAUUUUUCAGUUCACUGGGUCCUUUUUUGCCUGGCUCUUCCUGGUGAUGCGGACAGGAGACCACAGCCUGAGCAGAGACUCCACGUGGGCCUGGAGGCCGCUCUUCAGCCCUUACAGAAAGAUCCUAUUUCAUCCAAAUGCAGGGAAACACACCUUUUAUUUUUUGUUUUUUUAAAUUUUGUUUUGUUUUCCUUCAGAGCCUUUUUUUAGGCCCCACAGUCAGUGGUGGGCGGGGAGGAUCUAGAAAACACUCACGCCCAGUUGUCUAUUCCAGUGUGUGUCUGACAUUCACAGCCCAGAACCAGAAAUGUGUCUGGGGGAGCCUUUCAAGGCAAUCCUCAUUACCAUCGUGUUUGCAAAGGUUAAAAAAAGCAAAAACAAAACAAAAAAAAAACAAACAGAAAAAAGGAAGAGAAAAGAGAGUCAUCCCCUGGCCUCUGCUUCACACCCUGAGCAGGACAGGCCCCAGCGCCUGGGGUUCUGCCCUCUGGGCCACAGAGCCUUUCUUCUGUCCCCAGUGUUGUGGUUCAGCGUGGUGUUGGGAGACUGAAGGCCUGGCCACACGGCCCAGGCGAUUGGCACAAAUCAGGGUGUGUCACGCCCCAAGCACCUCAGGACCCAGUAGGGGCGUGGCAGGCCCUCCUGGUCCAGGCCAGUGGGCCUGGAAGCACAUGUCUGUUCUCAGCUGAGGCCAGAUGACUUCCCUCCCUGGUUUGCAGCUGUUUUCAAAGCCCCCAAGAAUCACUCUUUUCCACUCCUUCAAGAUGCCCUCAUAAACCAAUGUGGCAAGACUACUGGACUUCUCUUAAUGGUACUAUAAUCAAUCCCUAUUAUCUUGGCUUGCUGAGGGGCAGGGAGAGGGCCUCUUCCUCUGGGCAGCACUAUCUAGGUAGGUAAGUGGGGGCGGGGAAGGGUGCAUAGCUGUUGUAGCCAAGGGAUGUGACGCAGACAUCCCCGAAUCUAGCUGGGGACAGUCAAGAUCAACAAUCCAGGGUUGGUAAUGUUGGAUGAAACAUUCAUUUUUACCUUGUGGAUGCUAGUGCUGUAGAGUUCACUGUUGUACACAGUCUGUUUUCUAUUUGUUAAGAAAAACUACAGCAUCAUUGCAUAAUUCUUGAUGGUAAUAAAUUUGAAUAAUCCGAUUUCUUA